CUUGAACAUGGCUUCACUCGGACAACUACUUCUUGCUGAGAGCAUUCUCUCCGCUAUUUUUACAAACACCUGCUAUAUCAAACCAGCCGACGAUAAAAUCAUCUCAAAUACGCGUGAAAAAUGUAUUUUCAGCACGCACUUCGACGUUACACCUCUUCAAGUCUACCUCGACGUGAAAGAUUUCCUCGUCCGCCCUGAGACGACAUCUCUAGUUGACGCUGUGAAUAUUCACAGUAACGUUAUAGAUAUUCACAAAAUGGCACAUGCUCAACUGCCCGAUAUUGCACCCUUUUUACUGGACCAUGGCACCACAGUUGACUCAAAUGGGAUACAGGUUGAAUCUUGUGUGACAGCGUAUUAUGUGAAUACAAUCUCUCUCGGAUUUGUGUGGAACACGCUUGAACAAGCCUAA